CACACACGUUCGUUUGACUAUUCUGUUAUUUUCUUUUCCACUUGGAUUUUGUUUGGGUCAGAAUUUCAAUUAAUAAGAUUUUAUCCACGUUUUAUCUGCAAAUUUGAUAAAUCGUCAGUGGACGUCACUGACUUUGGUACGAUGUUACGAAGUCUUGUUGAGUAUUAUGCUGAACAUGAGCAUUAUAGAUGUGGCUAUUGUAAGCGCCCUGAUACUAAUUAUAGCCAUGGUAUGUGGGCUCAUGCUAUGACCGUGAGUGAUUAUCAGGAUUUAAUUGAUAGAGGAUGGAGGCGUUCAGGAAAAUAUUGUUAUAAGCCAACCAUGGACGUAACUUGUUGCCCUAUGUACACUAUACGAUGCAGGGCCUUGGAAUUCAAACCUUCAAAGUCGCAAAAGAAGGUUUUGAAGCGUGUCAACAAGUUGUUAGUUGGUCAAGAUGGACCCGAGCCAUGUCCCGAGAGUGGUCGCAAGAUGUCAACUGGCAGCAGUGGCAGUGAAGUUUUAGCUGAAGGGUUUGAGGAAGGCGGAGAGCAGUUCAUUGAGACCAUGAGGGAACAUCAAGAUAUUAACUUGGAUAUGGUUAAAAAUAGUGAAGCUUUAGAUUGCUCGGGAGAUGAAGUUGGAGAUAGCAUGGUUCAUAAGGAUGUAAUGAAAAAUGUUCAGCUUGAUUCUGCUCCACCUCAGGAGAAAAUAGUUAAAAAAGAUACAGGCCCUGAUCCCAAUAAAGCACCCUGUAAAAAAGCCAAACAGUUGAGGAGAGAGCGAAAGUUGGAAAAACUCAAAGAGAAGGGUAUUGAAGUAUUACCUGUAAACACCCGCAAAAACAAAGAAAAACAAAUUGAAGAUUUUAUAAACGAGUUGCCUGAUGAUGUCAAGCAUAAACUAGAGAUAAAAUUAGUUAGAACUUCACCGCCGAGUCCCGAAUGGUUAGCAACGGCUAAGGAGACACAUGAAGUGUACGUCAAAUAUCAAAUGACAAUUCAUAAUGAUAAGCCAGAUAAAUGUACAGAACCAAAGUUCAAAGACUUUUUGGUCCAAAGUCCGUUAUUGGAAGAGCAUAGAGAGAAUGGACCUCGGUGCGGCUAUGGGUCGUUCCACCAGCAGUACUGGCUGGACGGCAAGUUGAUAGCCGUGGGUGUCAUAGACAUUCUGCCUAAGUGCGUGUCUUCUGUUUACUUCUUCUAUGACCCACAGUAUAUGCACCUUACGCUAGGAACCUAUGGAGCUUUGAGGGAGAUUGAAUUCACAAGAAGCAUGCAUUCCCAAUGCCCGCAAAUAGAGUAUUAUUACAUGGGAUACUACAUUCACUCUUGCUGCAAAAUGAGGUAUAAGGGAAACUUUUAUCCUUCCGAUCUAGCUUGUCCAGAGACUUACAAAUGGCUUCCACUAUUAGAAUGUAUUCCUAAGCUAGAGGCUUCGCCGUACUCAAGGUUGGACCCCGAUAUAGAUAGUGUAGAUGAAAAUUUCCCUAAAGAAAGUGAUUUGAACUAUAUACCGAUGUGGGUGAAUGGUGCUGUGAUGUUGUAUAAAGCUUAUAAGAGACAUGCAGCUGGUAAGAAGAAUGCAAACAAAGUGAACGAACUCAUUGAGUAUUCGCGUCUAGUCGGCGCUAAAUCAGCUAAAAGUCUAAUAUUAGUUCGGUAGAUGUACACAAAAGCCAAUUUUCUCCUGUGUUAAAAAGCCCUUAUGAAGAGUGUAAACUUAAAAGUGAUCUAAUCGACACCAAUUGUUAACACUAUACAACUAUUCUAGUAAAAUACCUCCCUUUUGCAAUAAUACAACCUGUUAAAGUUUUGAACACCUAUUUAGGCAGUUACAUAAUUAAAAUUUUAUAGAUUAUCAAAGAAAAUAUUAUAGAUUUUGCCGUCUUCCUGCAGAUUGUAAUAACCUAUCCAUUUUUAGGGUUCCGUACCUCGAAAGGAAAAAACGGAACCCUUAUAGGAUCACUUUGUUGUCCGUCUGUCUGUCUGUCUGUCUGUCUG